GUUUCCCAGUUGAACUACUAUGAGGUCAGAAGCCUUGCUGCUAUAUUUCACACUGCUACACUUUGCUGGGGCUGAUUUCCCAGAAGAUCCUGAGCCAAUCAGUAUUUCGCAUGGCAACUAUACAAAACAGUAUCCAGUGUUCGUGGGUCACAAACCGGGACACAACACUCCACAAAGGCACAGACUUGACAUCCAGUUGCUCAUGAUAAUGGACAGAACCCUCUACAUUGCUGCUAGGGACCAUAUUUAUACUGUUGAUAUGGAUUCAUCACAAACAGAAGAGAUUUAUUUUAGCAAAAAAUUGACAUGGAAAUCCAGACAGCUUGAUGUAGAUACAUGCAGAAUGAAGGGAAAACAUAAGGAUGAAUGUCAUAACUUUAUAAAGGUUCUUCUAAAACGAGAUGAUGAUACGUUAUUUAUUUGUGGGACAAAUGCCUUCAGUCCUUCCUGCAGGAAUUAUAAGAUGGAUACUUUGGAAUUUCUGGGAGAUGAAUUCAGUGGAAUGGCUAGAUGUCCUUAUGAUGCAAAGCAUGCCAAUGUCGCACUGUUUGCAGAGGGAAAGCUGUAUUCUGCCACUGUGACAGAUUUCCUUGCAAUAGAUGCCGUCAUUUACCGGAGCCUUGGAGACAGCCCGACGCUGCGGACAGUCAAACAUGAUUCAAAAUGGUUGAAAGAACCAUAUUUUGUUCAUGCAGUAGAUUAUGGUAACUAUAUCUACUUCUUCUUUCGGGAAAUUGCAGUGGAAUAUCACAGUAUGGGGAAGGUAGUUUUCCCCAGAGUAGCUCGGGUUUGCAAGAACGACAUGGGUGGAUCUCAACGAGUGCUAGAAAAGCAGUGGACGUCCUUCCUGAAGGCACGAUUGAACUGUUCAGUACCUGGAGAUUCGCAUUUCUAUUUCAACAUACUGCAGGCAGUUACCGACGUUACCGAUGUUAAUGGCCGGGACAUUGUCUUAGCAACUUUUUCUACCCCUUAUAACAGCAUCCCUGGCUCUGCUGUCUGCGCUUAUGAUAUUCUCGACAUUGCCAGUGUAUUUACUGGAAGAUUCAAAGAACAAAAAUCUCCAGAUUCAAUAUGGACACCAGUUCCUGAUGAAAGAGUGCCUAAACCCAGGCCAGGUUCCUGUGCAGGCUCCAGUUCACUUGAAAAAUACACAUCCUCCAAUGAAUUUCCAGAUGACACACUAAAUUUCAUCAAAACACAUUCUCUCAUGGAUGAAGCAGUACCAUCAGUUGUGAACAAGCCAUGGUUUCUCCGUACUAUGGUUAGAUACCGCUUGACGAAAAUUGCUGUAGAUAAUGCUGCUGGCCCGAAUCAGAACCAUACUGUGGUUUUCCUUGGAUCAGAGAAAGGAAUUAUUUUGAAGUUCUUAGUCAGGACAGGGAACAGUGGUUUUCUAAAUGACAGCCUUUUCCUGGAGGAGAUGAGCAUUUACAGCUCUGAAAAGUGCAGCUAUGAUGGGGUGGAGGACAAGAGAAUUAUGGGCAUGCAACUGGACAAGCAAAGCCGUGCCCUCUAUGUAGCAUUUUCAAACUGUUUGAUAAGAGUUCCUCUGGGAAGGUGUGAGCGUCAUGGCAAAUGCAAAAAGGCCUGCAUAGCUUCUAGGGACCCAUACUGUGGAUGGAUGAAAGAAAGCGGAGCAUGCAUGCAGCUUCUACCUGGAGCAACAUUGGCCUUUGAGCAGGACAUAGAACAUGGCAAUACUGAUGGCUUGGGUGACUGCCAAAAUUCGUUCGUAGCACUGAAUGGACACUCCAGUUCGCUACUUCCCAGCAUGUCUACUUCAGACUCUCCAGCCCAACAGGGUUAUGAUGCUGGAGGGCACAUACUAAAUUGGAAGGAUCACAUUGGCUCAUCUGAGAAUACCAAUCCGUAUGUGGCUGUUUCGUCCCAUAAUCACCAAGAGAAAAAGGGAGUGAUCCGUGAGAGUUAUCUCAAAGGGCAUGAUCAGUUGGUGCCUGUCACCCUCCUGGCUAUAGCAGUCAUUCUUGCCUUUGUCAUGGGAGCUGUCUUCUCGGGGAUCAUAGUAUACUGCAUCUGUGACCAUCGGCGUCGAGAUGUGACCAUUGUGCAGAGGAAGGAGAAGGAGCUGGUCCAAUCUCGCCGAGGCUCAAUGAACAGUGUCACCAAGCUCAGUGGUCUCUUUGGAGACACUCAGUCCAAAGAGCCAAAGCCUGAAGCCAUUCUCACCCCUCUCAUGCACAACGGUAAGCUUGCUACUCCGGGAAGCACAGCCAAGAUGCUCAUCAAAGCUGACCAACAUCAUCUGGACUUGGCUGCUCUACCUACUCCAGAGUCCACCCCGACACUUCAGCAGAAGAGGAAGCCAAGCCGUGGCAGCAGAGACUGGGAGAGAAACCAGAAUCUCAUCAAUGCCUGCACAAAAGAUAUUCCCCCUAUGGCAUCACCGGUGAUUCCUACAGACCUUCCUCUCAGGGCUUCCCCCAGUCACAUCCCAAGCGUUGUAGUCCUGCCUAUUUCUCAGCAAAGCUAUCAGCAUGAAUAUGUUGAUCAGCCUAAAAUGAGCGAUGUGGCACAGAUGGCCAUGGAGGACCAAAAUGCUACUCUCGAGUACAAAACCAUAAAAGAGCAUCUCAGUGGCAAAAGCCCAAACCACGGGGUGAAUCUUGUGGAAAACUUGGAUAGUAUGCCACCAAAAGUCCCCCAGAGGGAAGCUUCUCUUGGUCCCCCUGGGUCCUCUCUUGCUCAGAGCAGUCUGGGAAAGCGACUGGAGAUGCAUUCUUCUGCUUAUAACGUGGACUACAAGAGAAACUACCCCACGAACUCGCUCACGAGAAAUCACCAAACAUCAACACUCAAAAGAAAUAACACUAAUUCUUCUAAUUCCUCCCACCUUUCAAGAAAUCAGAGUUUUGGCAGGGGAGACAACCCUCCUCCUGCCCCACAAAGAGUGGACUCCAUACAAGUCCAUGCUACUCAGGGUCAGACUGUGACUGUUUCUAGGCAGCCCAGUCUCACCACAUACAACUCGCUGACAAGAUCAGGGUUGAAACGCACACCAUCGUUAAAACCAGAUGUACCCCCCAAGCCCUCCUUUUCCCCUCUUUCAGCAUCCAUGAAGCCUAAUGAUGCAUGUACAUAAUCACCGUGGGGUGGGGGG